UCUUAAAGACCAUGCUAUUUCAUCGAAACCUCAAACCUUCCCCUUCUCCUAUACCUUUCUUGUCCGAAAUCAAAGCAAGAAGAACCCAACCCCACGUAAUUUUUCCUCAUUCAGAUCAAUACCCAUCUCUGAAUUUCCCCAAAAUUCCCUUUUGCUUCACAUUCAACCUCAGAUCCAUACUUCUCAGUCGUUUUACACAAUCAAAGCUCUUCUCUUCACAAUCUGGCCUUGAUUCUGUGUUGAUUUGUGUUAAUCUGUGUUUCCUUCAAUGUGGUUUACACAAAGGCUUUAAAGAGGAAGAGGGAAAAACGAAGGGGGUUGGUUAUGGCGGGUCAAGUGGUGAGAGUGAAGAGGGAAAUUCUUGAAGCAUGCAUGACGUGCCCUCUUUGCAACAAGCUCUUGAAGGAAGCUACUACCAUAUCUCUUUGUCUUCACACUUUGCAGGAAAUGCAUAUAUGAGAAACUCUCAGACGACGAGGUUGAUUGUUGUCCUGUAUGCGACAUUGAUCUGGGCUGUCUUCCUGUGGAAAAAUUGAGGCAUAACUGAGGAUUUCAAAGAAAAUGUCAACUUUUCUGCAGAGAUAUUUAGUUGAAAGAUUCGGGAAAUGCAUACUUUGUGCUGAAUGUGUGGAGGCGCUGUGCUUUGCCCAAGCGAUGCUGAUCUGAAAAAUCAUUCAUUGUUUUCUUCUUUCUUAGAAUUUCUCAUACAACCAUCGCAAGAAAGGAAGACAAGAUGUUAAUACGAUGGCUUUCAAGAUGCCAGACCACAAUUUACAAGAUAUAAGGGCCAAAAUAUUUCCUCUUAAACGGAGAAAGAUUUGUGCACCUGAAAUUUCACCCUUGGCUUCAUUGCCUGUAAAAAGGAAGGAGAGAUCGCUAUCUUCGUUGGUCGUAAACACUCCCAAAGUGUCAAUGCAGAGUGGUGGUUUGACUGGAAGAAGAUCCAAGAAUGUUGGAAGAACGGCUGCUGCUUUACGAAGAUGUAAUUUUGGCACUGAGGAACCGCUAAAGAAAGAAGAAGAUUCUGGAGAAGAUCAUACAACUAGUUCCAGCUCUUCUGAUUAUUUGAAAAAUGUUCGCUUUCGGCAGAGAAGGCAGGACUCGUCUAUGCCUGAGCCUUCUAACAGUCUAAGACACGAGCAUCUUAAGAAUAAUGUAGAAGCAGUAGAAGGAAAAGCCGAUCUCUGGACUCCUUUGAAUUGUUUGGUUGAAGCUGCUAACAGAACGAAGUCUACCAAGCUAAAUUUCCAAGGGUCAUCAAUGGCCAAACUAGAACCAUCUAAUGUCGCUGAUGGCGAUGUUGAUGCAGAAGAAACUAAGGAGAAAGCACUGUCACUUGGAGCUCCAAAUUAUGGAUUAUUUAUGCCAAAAGCAAGAAAUAAGGAGCAUGGAAGCAACCCAAAGGCAAAAGAUAACCAUAAUAAUGGGACUGCAUCACUCCCAGAAACCAUGAAACGCAAAAGAUUGAGGGCAACUGCUCGCAACAAGGCAGCUGCAUCUGCUGAGCUCAGUUCUCCAGCACAACUCGUGCUUGAUGCGUCAGCUGCUAAAUGUAGAAGAAAUAGUCCAAUCUGGUUCACAUUAAUAGCUUCGGAGGACAGUUUUAGGAAAGGUGGUUUUCCGUUGCCUCAAAUAUCAACUCCGUACUUGAGAAUAAAGGAUGGGAAAAUGCCUGUUUCUUCCAUCCAAAAGUAUCUUGUAAAGAAACUAGAUCUUAAGAGUGAAGCUGAGGUGGAAAUCUUGUGUCGGGGUCAGCCAGUGCUACCAACACAGCAGCUACAGAACUUAGUCGACUUGUGGUUUCGGACAGCAUCAACAGCAAAGAAAACUCCAGCAUCUGUUGGCUCAUCUGCAAAGGACUUCGUUAUGGUUUUAUCAUACUGUCGAAAAGUCCAAAGCCCUUGACAAAUUUCUAAAUCCACCCGUUUUUGCUUCUGUACCUCGUUUACAUCUUCUUGUUAUGUUUAAUGAGCGUCAAGGUCGGACCCGAAGUUUUCGGGUUCGUCAUAUUUGUGCGAACAUGCAGAUGAUUAUUAUAAAUCUGAAUUCUUUGAUUGUUUUAUUUCAUUGGUAUACCCACAUAUAAUGAACAAUUGGUCCAAUUCUGUCUCA